AUGCACGGGCUGACAGAUGCGUUCUCCCUCCACCAGGACAACCAAACAAGCCGCAGAGACCUAAUGAGCAGACGCGGAGCCAACCGCACUCCCCACACAUCCCAACACGGAAGCCAAGUCCCACCUAGUGGCACUGAGAAAAGUGGACCAGUAAUUGAGGAGGCUGCACAUGAAACACACCAGACUGAAGGCGCCGGCGGAGAUGUACAAGACAAAACGGCGGGGAGCGAUGACUGGCCUAGUGGAGAGGAGGAACCGGAAAUCCGCUCACAAGCAGUCACGGCCAGGGAAGAAAGUGACAAAGAAGAGGAAGACUCCUCGUCCAACGAGGAUGAGGACAUCAAGCCUGUCACGGUAAGAGUUCCACCUCUGAAUGAACUUAUUACAAAAGAAAACAUCGAGGGUGUACUAGCCUCAAGUGAUCCAGCUUUGAUUGGCAAAGAGAUCAACAUGAUGACCGCGACUCUACGCGCUAUUCGGCAAUCUGUCCGGCACAAGGAGAAAAAACUCAAUGCUGCCAUCAACGCAAAGCAUCCUGAAGUCACCAUCAUCGAGCGUCCGAUGAGCCCUCUCAAUCUGCCCUCAAUGAAUCAACAUCAAGAGGCAAGGCAAAUCAUGGACGUGCCACCAGAAGAAAGGACCAUAGAUGGUGGCCAUGUCCAGCAGGCACAAGUUGAAGCGCCUGCAGCUGCGGAUCGGCUUGGAUGUAACCUUACAGAAGACACGAACCCUCCCGAUGACAUGCCUCGAGCUGACCCAGCGGAUGACACCACGUGUGUAGGAGCUACUUCGGCUGAAGACGCCGGACCAGACAAACGCAGCAAGGGUUUGAAAUCUGUGUCCACAACGAAAACUUCAACUGCCAAACGGAUUCCACCGGCUAGCAAGAUCAAAAGCAAUGAAUUCGUGGAUGACGCGGAUAUGCCUCAAGCUUCGAAUAAGACUACUAUUGCUACAGGCAGUCAUUUAGCUGAAGGCACCUCGACUACGCCUGUUGAAUCAAAUCAAGCCGGCAACUCAAAGUCAUCCAAUCCCCCUUUGAACGUGGCACAGGCCAGCGCAAGCGCCCCUACUCUCGACAAUCCAAAGGCCACGAAUGCCCCUGAAGAGAUUGUAGUUGCAACUGAUAAGCAGAAAGGCAAGGAUCAAAAGAGCGCAAGCGGCGAAAAACAGCCCUUACAGCUCACUGUGAACAAGAAUCAUGAAUUCCACAAGGCCAAACUUUAUUUGGGUAAUCUUUUGAUGGAUAAGAACAACGAAGAAACUCAGCGCAUUCUUCAAUUUGAAGAUCAACUCACAACUGGCGCAAUCAAAUGGGGUGAAACUCUCAGUUACCUAGUUCGAACCAUACUGCACGAGUGGUCUUACGACGAGUCUACCGAAGCCGGGAAAGCCAACCCUGACGAUCUUCACAAGUUUGUUAUGUUGAUGAAAGACAUGAGUGAUGACGAUAAGAUGAUCACACGUUUCAAAUGUUCCCCUUGCCUGAUGCAAAUCCACAAGCAUGACCCCAUUUGGAGGCCCGAAAACGUCAAUUGGCGUCUGAUCCAAGCUGCGACGGAGUACCCGUGGAAACACCGCAAUGCAAUCUUGCGAGCCAUUCAUCAAAUGACCUGCCGCACGGACGAUACCGAGAAGUGGGCCACCAACAUGGAACUAGCCAAGGAUCUCCAGGGCGGAUUUCGCGGUCUCUUGACUUGUCUUCAGGAAAGCCUAGAUCACAUCACGCUUGACACGGAUCACAACGAAAUCACAAUCCGGACUGAGGGUGAAGAUUCUGUGCACGAAGAGUUUGUCGAGUUAUCCAAAUGCAUGGCAUGGCUAUUCCGCGGGGCCAUGGUAUCAGAUCGUCCGGAAGUCGAAGGCAAGAAGCAGAGCUCUUGUAAUCCUCACCGCGGAUUGGCCUGGUUCAAGCGCAAGUUUUUCUUAGUGCUAGUUGGCGUUUUGAUGGUGUACGAAGCCGAACAGCAGGACUUACGACUAGAACAGGCCGAAGAAAGCCGAAAGUCUCAGGCUGCGAUUAAAGCUUUGAAGGCCAAGUUGAAAGACAAUUCGUGCAUCAAACAACUAGUCCGAGAUCAGUUGAAGGUCAAAAAACUCGCGAUCAAGGGUGCUGAGCAAGGACUGUUGCAUGUUUGGCCUGGAUCUCAUGACCAAAGCAUGCACGAAGGAGCCCUGUUGAUCAAUUUCACAUCACUCUUGGUCGGUCGUCGCAGGAGCAAGGUUGACGCAGAGGAGAUUGAUGAGGCGUGGGGUUACGGCUCACGAGCUUGGAAUCACAUGGACAAUCACAUGUUUAAGAUCCUCAAGUUAGUCAUGACGCGUGACAGAGUCUUCAGGUCUGAAGUCCACUGGCCCACCAUGACGGACACCUUUCGAACCGAAUUCAACUCCACAAAGCUGGCUCACAUCCUCACACUCGAUAUCCAGUGUGAGAUUUGCUUACCCGGACUCAGCCGUUCUCUGACUGGCAAAGUGGCACCCCCUGUCAAGGACAAAGACAAGGCACAGCAGCUCCUCAGACCGUCUCAGGUUCAUUUCCAAAAGAUGUUUGGGCCUACAGAAGGCGAUUUACACCCAGUGCGCAACCGUGGCCAAGGACUUCAUCCUGAGAAACAAGUUUCAAACGAAAACCCCUCAACUUCAACAUUCACACCGCAAGCAAACGCGGUCUCUCAGCGAACUAAGAAUCAGGCAACGGCUACUGCCAACGCAGUGCCCAAACGCCCUGUUGAGAGCGGUGGACCAGUGGCCAAGAAACGCAGAAAGCUGGUUAACGCGACAAGUGAAAAGGGAGGUGCAAUUACAGGAUCUCAACCUCAAGGAACUCAAGAUGACGCCUGA